UUGGGUACCCAUACACCGCAACAAUUUUUUGUUUUGAAGGUGGGAGUUAAAAGAAACUCCAUCUCUUCUCACUUUGUUAGCUGAACAGGAAGAUGAUGGUACUCUGUGUGCAAGGCCAAGGACCCGUUUGGAUGAACAGAGCAACAACCACGGCCCUACCUCCUUCUCCCAUCUUCCGCCGUUUCCCAACGCGGCCCUGGAAAGAGGGCAACCGAUUCAAUUCCGGGAACAAGAAGGCGAGGAGCGUCGUUUUAUCUAAAGCGUUCCUGUUCCCGGUGGAUCCAUGGGCUCCCACCGUCGAUUCUCAGAGCAUAGCUUCCCAGCUCUUCGCCGUCUCCCUCUUCCCUUACAUGGGUUUCUUGUAUUUCAUCACCAAAUCCAAAACUGCCCCUAAACUCACCCUCUUCGGCUUCUAUUUCUUGCUUGCCUUUGUCGGCGCCACCAGAUAAGAAUGCUUAAAGUUUUAAAAGGGCAGUUGAAUUUUAUUUUCCUUUGUAUGCUACAAGGUAAAACCAACCAUAAAAACACCAUUUCCCU